ACAGCCUGGUGCAAUUCCCACCUCAGGAAAGCUGGCACACAGAUUGAGAACAUUGAGGAGGACUUCAGAAAUGGCCUCAAACUGAUGCUCCUCUUGGAAGUUAUCUCAGGGGAAAGGCUUCCGAAGCCAGACAGAGGGAAGAUGCGCUUCCAUAAAAUCGCUAAUGUCAACAAAGCUCUGGAUUAUAUUGCCAGCAAAGGAGUGAAACUUGUGUCAAUUGGUGCAGAAGAAAUUGUUGAUGGCAAUGUGAAAAUGACGCUGGGUAUGAUCUGGACUAUCAUCCUUCGCUUUGCCAUUCAGGAUAUUUCAGUGGAAGAGACCUCUGCCAAAGAAGGGCUGCUGCUGUGGUGUCAAAGAAAAACUGCUCCUUACAGAAAUGUGAACAUUCAGAACUUCCAUCUUAGCUGGAAAGAUGGCCUUGGAUUAUGUGCACUUAUCCACAGACACCGACCUGAUCUUAUUGACUACUCCAAGCUAAAUAAGGAUGACCCCAUAGGAAAUAUCAACCUUGCCAUGGAAAUUGCUGAAAAGCAUUUGGAUAUCCCUAAGAUGUUGGAUGCAGAAGAUAUAGUAAACACUGCCAGACCUGAUGAAAGAGCCAUUAUGACUUAUGUUUCCUGUUACUACCAUGCAUUUGCUGGUGCUCAGAAGGUGAGAUUGUAGAAGAUGGCUCCUCCCCCCCUUCUUGUAGAUAUUGUGAACACUCCCAAACCUGAUGAGAGAGCUAUCAUGACAUAUGUGUCCUGCUUCUACCAUGCUUUUGCUGGAGCAGAGCAGGCUGAGACUGCAGCUAACCGGAUCUGUAAGGUGCUUGCCGUGAAUCAGGAAAAUGAGAGGUUGAUGGAAGAGUACGAGAGACUAGCAAGCGAGCUUUUAGAGUGGAUUCGCCGGACAAUCCCUUGGCUGGAAAAUAGGACCCCAGAAAAAACAAUGCAGGCUAUGCAGAAGAAGUUAGAAGACUUCCGGGACUACCGCCGCAAACACAAACCUCCCAAAGUCCAAGAGAAAUGUCAACUGGAGAUCAACUUCAACACCCUGCAGACAAAACUGAGAAUCAGCAAUCGGCCAGCUUUCAUGCCAUCAGAGGGAAAAAUGGUUUCAGAUAUUGCCGGCGCUUGGCAGAGACUUGAACAAGCUGAGAAAGGCUAUGAAGAGUGGCUGCUGAAUGAAAUACGAAGACUGGAAAGACUUGAACACUUGGCUGAGAAAUUUAGACAGAAGGCUUCCACUCAUGAGCAGUGGGCAUAUGGCAAAGAGCAGAUCUUGCUUCAGAAGGAUUACGAAUCCGCCUCUCUGACAGAAGUCCGCGCCAUGCUAAGGAAACAUGAAGCUUUUGAGAGCGAUUUGGCUGCUCACCAGGACAGGGUGGAACAGAUCGCUGCCAUUGCCCAGGAGCUGAAUGAACUGGACUACCAUGAUGCUGCAAGUGUCAAUGAUAGAUGCCAAAAGAUAUGUGACCAAUGGGACAGCCUGGGAACACUUACUCAGAAAAGGAGAGAGGCACUGGAGAGGACGGAGAAAUUGCUUGAAACAAUUGAUCAGCUUCAUCUGGAAUUUGCCAAAAGAGCUGCUCCUUUCAACAACUGGAUGGAAGGUGCUAUGGAAGACCUACAGGAUAUGUUUAUUGUUCAUAGCAUAGAGGAAAUUCAGAGUUUAAUCUCUGCACAUGAUCAAUUUAAAGCUACUUUGCCGGAGGCAGAUGGUGAAAGACAGGCCAUACUGUCAAUCCAGAAUGAAGUUGAAAAAGUUAUUCAGAGUUACAACAUGAGAAUAAGUGCAACCAAUCCUUACAGCACUGUCACUGUGGAUGAGAUUCGUAGCAAAUGGGAAAAGGUGAAGCAGCUGGUGCCUCAGAGGGAUCAAUCCUUGCAGGAGGAGCUGGCCCGUCAGCACGCCAACGAGCGCCUGCGCCGCCAGUUUGCUGCUCAGGCUAAUGUCAUUGGGCCGUGGAUCCAGACCAAGAUGGAGGAAAUUGCCCGGAGCUCUAUUGAAAUGACAGGGCCUUUGGAGGACCAGAUGAAUCAGCUGAAGCAAUAUGAGCACAAUAUCAUUAAUUAUAAACACAACAUUGACAAACUAGAAGGAGAUCAUCAGCUUAUACAAGAAGCCCUGGUGUUCGACAACAAGCACACCAAUUACACUAUGGAGCACAUCCGUGUUGGGUGGGAGCUCCUGCUUACCACCAUUGCUCGAACUAUCAAUGAGGUUGAGACUCAGAUCCUCACAAGAGAUGCCAAGGGUAUCACCCAGGAACAAAUGAACGACUUCAGGGCAUCAUUCAAUCAUUUUGACAGGAGGAAGAAUGGAUUGAUGGACCAUGAUGAUUUCAGAGCUUGCUUAAUUUCAAUGGGUUAUGAUUUGGGUGAAGCUGAGUUUGCCCGGAUCAUGUCUCUGGUUGACCCCAAUGGGCAAGGAACCGUCACUUUCCAGUCCUUCAUUGACUUCAUGACCAGAGAAACGGCAGACACAGACACAGCUGAGCAAGUGAUAGCUUCCUUCAGAAUCCUGGCUUCAGAUAAGCCUUAUAUCCUGGCAGAUGAGUUACGUCGAGAGCUGCCUCCUGAGCAGGCCCAGUACUGCAUCAAGAGGAUGCCUCCCUACACCGGCCCGGGUUCUGUUCCUGGGGCUCUGGAUUACACCUCUUUUUCGUCAGCACUGUAUGGCGAGAGCGACCUCUGAUUCUGUAAUUGGCCAUAUUCACGGUAGACACUAAAAUACCCACCUUAUUGCUCAGAUUGCUUCUCAAAAGCUUUGACAAGCUGAUUUAAAAAUUAGUUUUACAAGUGCAGUAGGUUCCGUCAGUGUAAAGUGCUAGUAACUAAAGUAACUAGUGUGUAUUAAAGUGUGCAGCACGCUAGAUUUCUGCAUUGUUGGUUUUAGGUUGUCUGUCCUAUAAAGUGAUAGAAAAAAUAUUAAAAAAAAAUCGCAAGAUGUUAACUUUGGAAAUAUCCGUUCAGAAAACAGAAUGUAAAACCUAAGAACAUUGAAACUCACAAAACAUUUCUCCAUGUUUCACUGCCAUAUGUGCUUCUUUU